AUGGCGGAGUUGGUUUUGGAUUCAGCCAUUAGGUUCUGGGUAUUCAUACCCAUUGUCCUUAUAACAUUUUUCUUUGGGGUUAUUCGACAUUACUUGACUCUGUUGAUAGUAACUGAUAAGAAGGCUGAUUUGCAAUCGAUGUCAGAUAGUCAUGUUCUUAUUCGAUGUCGGCUAAUACGAGAAAAUGGAAAUUAUAUUACUCUCAAUGGUUUUAAAAUGCGCAAACAUUUCUUUAAUGACAGUGAUACCGGAUUUCUCAGAACCCAAAAGCGAGAGCACAUUGCUAAGAAUCCGAUGACUGAUCCAAAUAUGCUUAGAGAGAUGAUGAAGGGCAACAUAAUUCAAGUUAUUCCCAUGCUUGUUAUUGGUGGUUGGAUUAACUGGGCAUUUUCGGGUUUCCUUACAACGAAGGUACCCUUCCCUCUCACGUAUAGAUACAAGCCUAUGUUACAGCGUGGUUGUGAGACCCUGGUUUCUCUUGAUGCCUCAUGGGUGAGCUCUGCUUCAUGGUACUUCUUAAAUAUCUUUGGGCUGAGAAGCCUCUAUGAAUUGGUUUUGGGAUCAGAUACAGCUGCAAGUCAGACCCCAAUGAUGCCUGAUCCUACAAUGGCUUCUCAACAGCAGGCACCGGAUAUGCAGAAGGCUUUCAAGGCCGAAUGGGAGGCAUUGGAAGUUGUGCACCACAAGUGGGCUCUUAGUGGCUGUGAAGGUCAAUUGAUUUAG